AUGUCUCCAACCGAGACACCACAAGACAAAUCAAGUACACGGACGGGAUUUCGAGCGGAGGACACCAAAAGCCAUCAACGGGGGCAUGACAAGUACUUUCCGAACCAUGCUCCCUGGGAGCCUUUUCGUCCCGUCAAUAUCAUAAUCGUCGGCGCUGGUAUCGGCGGCGUCACCUCGGCCGUUAUGUUGUCUCACAAGAUCAAUAACGCAACCAUCGAUGUGUUCGAUAGACUGCCCAAGAUUGGUGGUACUUGGGCAGCAAAUGUCUAUCCAGGAGUCAGAUGUGAUGUGCCUUCUCAUGCUUACCAACUCAGUUGCGAGCCGAACACAGAAUGGUCCGAGUAUUACCCAAAAGGCGCUGAAAUUCAAGCCUACUACGACAAAGUCAUCGAAAAGCAUGGUCUGACGGAUUCUGUGCACCUACGUCAUGAAAUUGUCAAAGCCACAUGGUUAUCCGAGGCGUCUCAAUGGGCUAUCGAGAUACGAAAUCUACAAAACGGCCAAGUCUUCGUGAAAACGGCCGACUUCUUCGUCAACGCUCAAGGUCGCAUCAGCAAUCCGAAGUAUCCAGACAUUCCCGGUCUUCACGAUGUCUUCCAAGGGCAGGUGGUUCAUACCGCUAGGUGGCCAAGAGACAUAAACAUCGAGGGGAAGCGAGUUGCCGUCAUUGGGAAUGGUGCGUCAGGUCAACAAAUACUACCUAAUAUUCUCCCCCAGGUGGCGCAUCUCGACCACUAUGUUCGCACAAAGACCUGGGUCACGCCUACGUUUGCUGGAGACCUACAUGAAGCCACUUCAGAUUCUCCGGGUGGACCAAAGUAUAGCGACGAAGAAAAGCAAAGAUUUCGACAAGACCCGGCCUACUAUCUCGCGCACCGGAGAGCCUUUGAAGUCAAGUUUCACAACCGCUUUGCCGCGGAUGUACUUGGAAGCAAAGAAAACGCCGAUCUAAGAGAAAAACUAGUUCAGUGCAUGAGAGAGCGUCUUGGAGGCGACGAAGAGUGGCUCGAGAGAGUAUUACCCGACUACGCACCAGGGUGCAAGCGGUUAACCCCUGCACCUGGGUACUUGGAGGGGCUGAAAUCCGAUAAAGCAAAUUAUAUAGCGAGGCCCAUCAGCCGUGUUAAUGCCACGGGAAUCAUCGAUGCAAAUGGAACCCAUCGGGAAGUGGACGUUAUCAUUGCAGCAACGGGUUUCGACACAACCUACUCUGCUGCGUUUCCACUUCUAGGGAACAACGGCCUGGAUCUGGCCAAACGUUGGGCAACAGAUGGUGAGAUUGGGUAUCCGGAGACAUAUCUCGGAAUGAUGGCACCUGGUUUCCCGAACUAUUUUACCGUUCUACAGGCUCAAGGCAACGCGCGUGGUGGAACCGUCCCGGUGCAGAUUGAGAUCUCGGCCACUUACAUCGCCAAAUGCAUCCGCAAAAUUCAAACCCAGAGCUAUGCAUCUUUGAAUCCGCGUGAGGAUGCUGCCCAAGAGUUCAACGACAUCGUCAACGGUUAUUUUGACAACAAGGUGACGGCGGACCGGUGCAAUAGUUGGUUCAAGCAGGGGGCCGGCGCAACUCACGUGCUCAUCGCGUGGCCAGGAACAUUCCAUCACCGCGCCGACAUUCUUCGUGAUCCCCGAUGGGAAGAUUUUGAGUUCGUCCGGCGACCUGGGUCUGAGAAGAAUAGGUUCGAGUAUUUUGGGAACGGGCAGACUGCACGGGAGGUAAGGAGGGACGAAGAGGACAUCACAGGCUAUUUACGGGAGAUCGGAAAGAUUGAUAUUGCGACGAUUCACGAGGCGUGGAACACUUGA